GACAAGAUGGAAGAGGGCAACAACAGCUGCGAGAGAACAAUGUUUUGGCAGUAAAGCGCUGAAAGGAGCGAGUGUUGGGCUUCACUGAGACGGACAGAAUCGGCCGUGGACAUGCACAGUGUAUACCAUCUUCAGUGCUGAAUGAACGUUGCCCUCUUGAGAAACCAACCAUGAGUAUUAUCCAGGACAAGCUAGGCAAUGAGUUUCUGCGUAACGGCGGCAUGGAUCCCAACUUCCCCACCAGCAUGAUCAUGUUCAGCCAUUUACCUCCAGUUACCAGCUUUACACGGCUCACUUCUCAGCCAAUGGUGACAGAUCUGCCACAGGAGAUGAUCCUGAAGAAGGAGAGGGAUUCGCCAGAGCAUGGCGGUGGCUUUCUCCACAGCAUGGGUAUAAAGCAGGAGAAAGUGAAUGAACUGGACUACCGCCUCCCACUGUAUGGAACAGGCCUAGGAGUAGGAGCAGGGGGAAAGAGUACAGAUAUGCUGGACAUUUCAACUGGCAACCACCAGAGCAUGCUUCUACAUGACAUCAGCCUUAGCAAUCAGUACCCUGGAAGAUUAGGAAAAGACCCAAAAGACUCUACGCAUAGAAGAGGAAGGAGGACAAAUGGAGAUGGACCAGAGGGCAAAGGCAGAAGAAAGCGGGGGGAUUCUACAAAGUCACUGAUGCUAGAUGGAGAUGGAGGGCCCCUCUCUCCUAGCUCUAAACCGCAUAUAUGUGAACACUGCAACGCUGCCUUCCGUAGCUCAUACCACCUGCGGAGACAUGUACUUAUCCACACAGGUGAGAGGCCUUUCAGGUGCAGCCAGUGUAACAUGAGCUUCAUCCAGAAGUAUUUGCUGCAGAGACAUGAGAAAAUUCACAGUGGGGAAAAGCCAUUCAGCUGUGACCAGUGUAACAUGCGCUUCAUUCAGAAGUACCACAUGGAGCGUCACAAGAGGACACACAGUGGAGAAAAGCCAUAUAAAUGUGAUACCUGCCAACAGUAUUUCUCUCGUACGGAUCGUUUAUUGAAGCACAAGAGAACCUGUGGAGAAGCCAUAAAGAAGGGUCUGGACCCGGGGAUGCUGGACCUUGGAGAGGAGGACCUGGGCCACGGCAGCUACUUACACACUCAGGGAAAUGCCAGUGCACCACCACGUAAGAGGGGUAAAUCCAAGGGCAGCGGGGAGGGGGGAGAACGGCGUAGGAAAAAGGCGGCAGGAGCUGGGGUUGGACAGAUGCUUGGCCUCCAGGACUAUGCUGUUGACAUCCCAACUGGCUCUGGCACGUCCUCUUCAGGUGUCGGGGACCUGGCCAAUACCAGCAUGCAGAACCAGCACGUUCGCACUCCCAAGCUUGUCUUUAAAAAAGGUGGACGCAAGGGUGGAGACAAGAGUCUGUUGUCCAUGGAUGAAGCUAGCUCCAGCGCAGGUCUCCAUGAGCAGAAGCUGCUGGCUCCCAAGUCCAUGGACCUGCCUGGUGCAGAAAGUAUGGACAGUCUGGGACUUCUUCAGAGUUCCUCAGGGUCAAAGCAGGGCGGGACCAGCAGCAACUAUGAUGAUGCCAUGCAAUUCCUGAAGAAGAGAAGGUACUUGCAUGCUGCCAACAGCGGUGGUGGUGGUCAUGACUAUGGAUCUGCCCACCUAGCGCCUCAGCAGACUGUCAUCCAGGGUGGUUUAGGAGAGCCCACAUUGGCCUUGUUGGACACCUCCCCUCUAGUCAGUGUUGAUAGCAAGCAUGACAAGUCUGGCAUCCCAGAUGAGGUACUGCAGAGCUUGCUGGACCACUACUCCCACAAAUCUGACGGUUCCCACCACGAUGUGACCUUUGACCUUUCAGACCAGCAUCAUGUGGAGCUGCACCCUGCCUCCACCACCCCCGAGCUGGGAGCGGACGAAAAUGCCUCAAACGGUUCCGGGGACAAGAGCGGGGUCAUGAACGAGUACUCCAAGUUCCUGCUGCAGACGCUGGAGAGAACCAGCCACGGUGGCAGCUUUGCUCUUGGUCCCACCGGUCCCUUCCCCACUCUGCUGUCGUCCAGCAGCAGCCCAGCCAGCAACCUCUUCCCCGACAAACACGUCUACACUUCUUCCCCACUGGAGUGUACUUUUGGGCAGACCGUCACCUCUCCUCUCGCUCCUUCCUCCUCCUCGGCUCUACCAAAGUCCCACUUCAGCAUGCUGGUGGGCUCCCCCUCACCCUCCCACGCCUCACCCUCCUCCCAGCAGGGCUUUCAUCUGGGCAGCCUGGAGCCCCCUGCCCACCAGCAGCUCACCCCGUCUCAAGAGCUCACUGAGCAGCUGGACAAACCACACACGCCUCCCUACCCACUCGCCACCCAGGAACUCACCAAUGGUAGCAGGCAAAAAGAGCAGGUAAAGAAUAGUAGUGCCACGUCCAAUGGCAGCAGUGGCACAAAUGGCACUGGCAGCAACUCUUCCACCGGUUCCGUCUACCCCCUGGCGUCGGCUCCUAACCUGGCAGCCCUGGAGCCCUCCAAGGAAGUGGAAAUGCGCUCCACAUACCAGAUCGAGAACUUCGCCCAGGCCUUCGGCUCCCAGUUCAAGUCUGGUCGCAGGACCCCGCUGGGCUACAGUGCUGACACCCAGGUUGGGGUAGGAGAGGUCGACCACCGAAUAUCACGGACUCCCGUGUCGGAAUUCUCAGGGUAUACUAGUCUGUUAGCUGACGUUAGCGAGCCGGCUAGCUCAGGAACCAAAACCCCCACAAGCCAAAGCUACAGGUAAAGGUUUUGGUAGCCAGCUCAAGCCCGUAGUUUGGGACGAGAACUCUCCCCAGUGUCCCAUUAAUUCCCUAUUAUUUUAUUUUAUUUUUUUUUUUAAACCAGAUAAAAUAUUAAUUAUUACACUGCCAGUUAAAUGUUAAUACAAGACUCUACCAGGGAAGGUCUUCAAGACUUCAAAUGCAAUUUUUUGAUAUUCUCUUUUUAAAUAUGUAUUUUAGUCAUUCGUUUUUAUUAGCGUAGAGGAUUUCUGUGAGUAGGUUUCAAUGUAAUUUUCAACAAAAAUAGAUGGUAGGUAAUGACUGGCUUGACUUUUCAUGAGCCCUGUGUUUUAGCAAUCAAGAUAGAAUUGUAAAAUAAUUGAUGAUUUAUAGUAAUAACAAUUGUCAGGGUGUGGCCCAGUAUUCAGUGGCAAAAAUGUCGGCCUAUUGUCUGUUACAAUAAUUGAAAGUAUUACUCAGGAAAAAGGAUUUUUAAAAAUAAUUAGGUGCAAGUAGCGCACUGUCUUUUUUUUUUUAUUAUUAUUUUUUUUACAAGCAUACAUUAAUACUACAGUGAAUCUUUGUUUCUGAAAUUCCUUGAGGAGAGAAAGACUACCCCAUUUUAAGUCUACCUGUUCAUCUGAUCACACUGGUGACUCUUUCCACUACUUGUACAUAUGCAGAGAUUAUGGUACUUUUGAUGUCAAUGUGAAAACACUCGCAUACUUCAGUCACUAAGGGCCGGAUGUAAGACGCAGAUACGUUUGCAAACAUACAUGGACACACAUACGCAUUCACAUAUGAAUUCUCAUGGAAACCUACGUGCAUGCAUGUAAAUAUUUAUAAGUAGCAUCUUUGCAGCUACUGAGAUAUGGCCUCAGGGUGUGUUGAACACUGAUUCAUACCCCCUUUGUUGAACUUCAUCCAGUCAUCCAUUUUUUUUAUUUUAUUUCUCAAGGAAUAAAAUUAGCACUUUUAACCAUUGAAGACAAACUGUUGGAUUACAAAUACAGACAUGCUUUUUUGGUGAAAAAGCUGU